ACAAUCGAUGAAGCGAGUGUUGUCUCGAUUUUGGGGAUUUUCCACGAAGCAUCGUCAGCAUAUUCUGAAUCAAAGAAUUGUUGAACGAACAUCUGCUAGAAAUGUCGCCGUAUUAACUGCCGCAGGAAUCGGAACAUCAAUUGGUGCUUAUCAAUUAAUUGACACGGCGAGAGCGGGAAUUCUCGAUGGAAGUGACGACGCUUCACGCCACAAUGUCACAACCGACCAUAAACUCACAAAACGUGAACUCAGAUUUCUUCAAUUUGCUUCAGUUGAAUAUGAUGAUGUUAUCUACAUGAGCCCAAUGGAUUUCAUCGAUUCUCUAACACUGGACGCUCCAAGAGAACGAGUUUAUAGAAGGGUUUUGAAGGAAAAGGAUAUUCAACGAAUUCUCAAAAAGACACCCCCAUUCCGAAGUGGUGGAAAACAUUUUUUCCGAACAAUGGAUCAAAGCGGAAUAAUUUCAUACUCGGAAUACAUAUUCCUUCUUACACUUUUGACAAAGUCAAAAGCUGCAUUCAGAAUAGCAUUUUUGAUGUUCGAUGAAGAUGACAAUGGAAACAUCGAUAGAGAUGAAUUUAUGCUUAUUCGUAGUCUAACGUCAUCACUGCGUUCAACGACACGUGUGCAACCAUCAACAGCUUCAGAUGAAGAGGAUAGACGAGAAUCUUGCCAACUCGACGCCGCCGACUAUCAUUUCGCUGUCAGUCGCAUUGGAGCUGAUCGUCUCUUCACUGGAGCUGAUUCGUAUGCUGUUAUGUUCACUAUUGCCCGAAUGUUUGCUUCAAAAGCUGCGACACUUUCAGGCACCCGACUCGUUCAUAAAAGUGAAGAAGAAGUUCGAAAGCAAGAUACCACGUUGCUCUUACAUUUAUUCGGUUUGAGAGGAAAUGCUACGCUGAGCUUCGACGAAUUCCAGCAAUUUUAUGAAAACCUACAAGAAGAGCUAAUGGAAAUUGAGUUCUACGAAUUCGCUCGUGGCAAGACCGCAAUUUCACCUGUCGAUUUCGCCCGUCUCAUUCUCCGUUACAGUAUCGUAAAUUUUGAUGACUAUCACAAAUAUCUUCAACGAGUGCAAGAGAAAUCAGAUGACGAUGAGCCAGGCAUCAGUCUUAGUCAAUGGGCAACUUUCAGUCGUUUCCUGAAUAAUUUGGCUGAAUUUCAAAGUGCUGUUCGUUUGUAUGUGAACAGUAAUGUACCAGUCUCGGAACCGGAAUUUGCUCGAGCUGUUGGAUGUACUAUUGGAAAAGAAUUGGAUCCGGUCGUUGUUUCAAUGAUAUUUCGAAUCUUUGACGAGAACAAUGAUGGAACACUUUCCUAUCCAGAGUUUUUGGCUGUAAUGAGUGAUCGACUCCAUCGAGGGCUUCGAGGACGACUUGAAAAACCUUGGGGCUGGAAACCGUUUAAGAAUUGCGUUAUAAGUGAAGUAUCCCGUGCCUAAUAUAAUUUUAAAACUUUUUUAAACAAAAGUAUUUUUAUCCCCGUGCUUGCCUUGUAGAUAUGUCGCUAUUUUUCUUGCCUGUGUGUAAAUAAGAAUUUU